AUGUUGAUGGGCAGCCUCCUGCCACUGCCCUGCCCACCUGGUGCUGUGAUCCCAGCUUCCCCAGGCCUGGGGCAGGGGGAGGAGACAGGUGCUGCUUUCCAGCCUCCUACCUAGGGCUGCCACGGAAAGGGAAUCAGGCUGAGAGAUCCAGAAGCCUCAGGUUAGACUGAGAAGCCUCAGCUUUUCACUGAGGUGAAGAUGGUGCUGACCAAGCAGCAGGAGAUGCUGGGCCAGGAAUGGGGCUGGUAUUUUCUUAUUGCUCUGUCUGUUUUCUCAACCUCUUGGGGCUCAUGAAGGCAGAUUCUGGGUGACCUAGUUUCUGGGGAGGUGGAGACAAGAACAAGCCUGGACCAUGGGUGUGGCUGUCCCUCUACUACAACCCUGAGGCUGUCCUUGGGGGGCUGUCAGGAGCUUUGGGGAUGGUUCUGGGACAGACCUGGGCACUACCGCUGGCUCAGGGCAGAUCCUUUCUUUUGCUCUCCUGGGGUCUCCAAGAGAAUGAGAGUCAGGAGUUGUAGCAUCCACUCCAUGGAGGGGGUGGGACCCAGUGUAGCCCAGCCCCUUCCUGGACUAGGGCCUCAAAUAGUAGCCAGUACCCUGGGGCCAGAGCCAGUUGCCAACCAAGACCUGACAAGUCUGUCCAGGGCCAGCCACAGGCCCUCAGCCUGGACCCUGGAUCCCUCCUUGGAUCAGGACACCACCUGAGCCUCUGACACCACCUCUCAUCCACAUCCCAGGUAAGUUUUGAGGCUGAGUUGAACUGGGGGCUGGAUGAGAAUGGGGUCCUGAUUGGGACCUCAGUUUCCCCAUUCAGUGGGAGACGUGCGUGGGGCUAAGAAGGCAUCCUGAGGGGACCUAGAAAGUGCAGUUGAAUGUGCUUUUGCUCAGGCCAGCACUGGGCCACAGACCCUGCUGGACCAUAGCUGGGUGUGGGUUGCUGUGUGUUACUGGCCCACCCCAUCUGUCCCUUCCAGCCCACCCCCUGGAGCCAUGGGCGGGCCCCGGGUCCUGCUGGCAAUGCUCUGGGCGCUGGGGGCCACAGGAGCAGCAGCACUGCGCAUUGGAGCCUUCAACAUCCAGAGCUUUGGUGACAGCAAAGUGUCCGACCCAGCCUGUGGCAGCGUCAUCGCGCAGAUCCUGGCUGGUUACGACGUCAUGCUGGUACAGGAGGUGCGCGACCCGGACCUGAGCGCAGUGUCGGUGCUCAUGGAGCAGGUCAACAGGGUGUCGAAGCACGAGUACGGCUUUGUGAGCAGCGAGCCUCUGGGUCGGGACCAGUACAAGGAAAUGUACCUGUUCAUCUACAGGAAAGAUGCCGUGUCGGUUGUGGACACUUAUCAGUACCCUGACCCCGAGGAUGCCUUCAGCCGGGAACCUUUCGUGGUCAAGUUCUCGGCCCCCGGCACCGGUAAGGCCAGCCCCGCUCUACGCCCAUCACGUCCCGUCCGUCCUCUCCAGCCUCUUACACCGCCCCCGCUCCCGCCCCCGCCCGCAGCUGCCAAGGAGCUAGUGCUGAUUCCGCUGCAUGCUGCGCCGCACCAGGCGGUGGCGGAGAUCGACGCUCUCUACGACGUGUACCUGGACGUGAUCGACAAGUGGGGUGCUGACGACAUGCUUUUCCUGGGCGAUUUCAAUGCAGACUGCAGUUACGUGCGGGCCCAGGACUGGGCGGCCAUCCGCCUGCGCAGCAGCGAGGUCUUCAGGUGGCUCAUCCCUGACAGCGCCGACACCACCGUGGGCAACUCAGACUGCGCCUACGAUCGCAUCGUGGUGUGCGGUGCCCACCUACGCAGGAGCCUGAAGCCUCAGUCGGCUUCUGUGCACGAUUUCCAGGAGGAGUUCGGCCUGGACCAGGCCCAGGCUCUUGCCAUCAGUGACCAUUUUCCCGUGGAGGUGACCCUCAAGUCCCACUGACUGCCCUGUGGCCAGGCUAGGGCACACUACCUGCAGACUUGGGCCACAUGAAAUAGCCCCACUGUGGAUCAUUUGGGGUAGCAGAAGGAUGCAGGGAAGGGUCAGCUGGGUGUAAACAGGUGACACAGUCACAUUACAGAGCCUCCGUGUCCCAUGUGUAAGAUGGGCUAACACCACCUACCUCAUAGGGUUGUUGUGAGGAGUGCUUUCAAAGGGUGCCUGGCCAGUGCCUGGAACAUGUGUGUAAUAAACAAGCCACUGGGCCAGGACCACACUUGGGUCGACUCUGAGGCCUCUGUCAUUUUUCAGGACUGAGUCCUUCUGGGUUGCAAGCCUUGGGCCUAUAGCCUGGUAGGUCCAUAUCUCUGCCCUCUUAGGGAACAGGGACGGCCUGGCCUCCCCACCUCAUGUCCUGGCGGAAACUAGCCACCUCCAAAUCAUGCUGGCCUGGAAAUCAGCUCAGUCCUUUCUUUGUGCAAACUGCAAAAACCUGCACUGUGAGCAUUUCUGGGCCCUCUGAUUUAAGAGCAGGGCUCUCUGCCCAUCUUGCUGCCAGGAGCCUUAUCUGAAUCAAGAGGCCCCGUUUUACCCAGUGUUACAGAGGAGAUCAGGGAAGCUGGUCCUGUGCUCCAGCCAGUCGUUACCCUGCAACUUUUGGGAGCCCCUCAGGAUGGGCUGGUUAGUUGUGGCUAAGGUCCUGCCCAAGGAACGCACACCUUGCCUGGGUACAGCCUUUGUAGGUCCUCAGAGUCCUGGACUAGCAAGGACCUGGAGGACGGGGCCUAUGUGGGGUGUGUGUCACCUCAGGAGCAGAAUCUUUUUGUCUCAAGGGUUUGGAGAAUUUGGUUCUUUCUAAAGGUGCAGGACCUUGGCAAUACCACAUGCCUCAGAAUAAGCCAUGUGUCCCUUGUCCCUCCCAAGUUUGUCCAGACCCUCCAUCCAAAUGAACAAGCAUGGUGGCCAAAAGCUUUUCUCUUGUGGUCCUGUGGGUCACUGGGGUCUGAGACUACCUGGCUUUGAAGGCCUCCAGCAAGCAGGCAGCCAAAGGCCAGGAACGGGACAAUGUGAGGACUUUAUUCACAGUUUUCCUUUGGGAAAGGGGAUAUGCAGUGUGACCUUUUUCAAUCCCCUGAGCAGCCUACCUGACAUUCAGUUCUCAAGUACAGAUCCUAUCUGCCCACCGGGCAGAAAUGUGGCCAUGGGUGGUAGCAGGGCUACCAGGAACAGGACUUUCCAAGAUGAGGAAAACAAGAGCUGAGAGGAUUUCUAAGAUAAAAAAUACGCUGUUUAAAAUCCCCUGGACCAGUGGUCCCCACAGGGCACAGGUGGCUGAGUGGCAGUCUCGCCUUAGCCUUUCUUUUGUUUGAGUUUUUCUAAAUACACCUGCAGGGACUUCUGGAUGGAGUCUCUGGAGAUGAAGUUGACAAAGUUCUGGAGGUCAGCCUCGCGCUGUUUGAUCAUGUGGUCCACAGUAGCCUUUCGCAUCAUGAUCUUGGUCAGCUGCCGAGCGUGGUCUAAGGAAAAUGGGAUCCUCUGUGAAAACCCCCUUUCAGAGAUAGUGGGUUCCCAGCCUUCCUACAAGUGUUCAAACAGAAACUCUGCUAGAGAGACUCGGAAAAUGCAGAUGAGUUGCACAUGGUAGCGCAUGCCUGUGAUUCCAGUGGCUAGGGAGGCAGGGCAGGAGGAUCACAAGUUCAAAGCCAGCCUCAGCAACUUAGCAAGGCCCUAAGCAACUCAGGAGAAACUGUCUCAAAAAAUAAAAGGGACAGGGAUGUGGCUCAGUGGUUAAGUGCCUCUGGGUUCAAUCCCUGGCAACUCCCCACCCCCAAAAUACAGAAGUGAGUCACCUAUUCCCACUGAUUUCUCUAAAACACAGGAUGAUACUGUAAAAAUUGCUUUUUAGCCUGUUAUUUUCAAAGAAUUUUUCUACUGAGAAUAUUUUCCAUGUCACUAAAUAAUCACUUGUUUGUGUUGGGAGCUGGCAAACUGGCUUCCUAAGAGAAGAGGCCCCCAUGGCUCCUACAGAUGUGAAUGGUCUUUACAUUCUAAAAUUCCAGGGAAAAAAAAAAAAACCAGAGGGUGUUUGGUGAUGACAGACGUAUGAGACACUCAAGCAUCUGUGUCCCUGUAGUUCACUGGGCACAGCCGGCAGCAUCAGCUCCUCUCCCAGGGGCCGCCCGCUGCAGGGCUACGAGCACAGGCCCGAGCCUCGCACGCUGCCUGCCUACUUGGCUCUUCAUGGACAAAGUGUCAGCCCCUGUUCAUGCCGUGGUUGGGGCGACCAGCCCUAUAAACAGACUAGCAGGUUUCCAUCUGUCUUUGUAGUGGGUUGAAUAGCAGUGGGACCCCAAAAAAGACUGUGUCCAAGUCCUUGCCACCACUCUAGAACCUGUAAGUAACCUUAUUUGGAAAAAGUCUUUGCAGCUAUAAGUGAGAUGAAAUGGAAGGGCUGGGGUGUGGCUCAGGGGUAAAGGCUUGCUUAGCACAAGAGAGACCCUGGCUUCCAUCCCCAGCAUUGCCAAAAAAAAAAAAAAAAGUAGUCAAUAAAAAAUGAGAUGAAAUCAUCCCGGACACAGGGAAGGCCCUAAUCUGAUGGCAGGUGCCCCGAGAAGAGAAGAGAGCGGGAGACUGAGGUACAGGGGAAGGUACGUGAGGAAGGGGAUGGAGACUGGAGCAACGCAGCCUCAGCUGAGGACAGGCACUGCUACCCCCAGGGGGCUCUGAUGGCACUCUGAUUUUAGGCUGGUCCUGUGUCAUGGCAGCCCCAGGACACCAACACAGCCUGCUGUCAGGAGCACACACUAGUCUCACCAGGAUGGGUCACCUGGGGAGGGUGCUGCAGCUGCGCACGGCUCCCCAUGGUCCUCACCUGGAAUGGCCAUCCACCGGCUCAUCACUGAGAGUGCCGUGCUCUGCACCUGGUCUUCGGGCACCACCUUGUCCACCAUGCCCACCUGGAGGGCCUCUGCUGGCGAGAAGAGCAGCCCCAGCUGCAGGGCACGCUCUGAGGCUCGGUGCCCAAUGGUGUUCACAAGACUGUCUCUGAACCUGGAAUGGGGGUGCCUGCUUACUCUGGGGCUCCAAGGAGGGUUGGUUUGGCCCAGGGUCAAGCGGAAUGUGUGUACAGUCCCAGCCUUACCAGAAAGGGGCGACGAUGCCCAGCAGGGUCUCAUUCAGUCCUAUGACGUACUUGGGGUUGUCAGCCAGCACGCGGUAGUCACAGGUGAGGGACAUCAAGCAACCUCCAGCAGGGGAGGCUCCCUGCAGGGACAGGCUAGGCAGUUGAGGGCUCUGGAGGUGCUGCUGGUCCCAAAUGUCCUCCAAGGAUGCCCCAGGAUACCCCAGGAAGGGUCUGGGGGUGGGCAUGAGCUCACAGGGUGUCCUAGCACCCCCUCCUUGGGUGCUGCAUCAACAAUCUGGCUUGGAAGUGCAUGAUUAAGAGACGAAACUGGCCCCUUUGGGGUUCAGUAGCAAGGGUUUCUGCAGGGGCUCAGGUUUUCAGGGGCCAGAAAAACACUCCAGCACCAACUACUCCCUACACCUCCAGCCCCUUUUACUUUGAAACAGUCUAAGUUUCCCAAGCUGGCCUCAAACUUGCGAUCCUCCUGCCUCAGCCUCUCAAAUAGCUGGGAUUGCCACUAUGCCCUGCUAGAAAAAUCACUCUUCCUAAUCCUCUGGUUAGGAAAGCAAGUUCUUUUCCCAGGAACCCCCAAUUCAUACCAUAUCCUACUGCAGGUGCCCCUCACCACUUCACCCUGAGGUUUCCUCUUUCUCCAUUCCUUCCUUCUACCUCCUGCUGGGUGAUCUCAACCAUCCCCUCAGAGUACACUGGUUUCUGCAGAUGACCCUGUCCCCUUCCUCAGCCUCGUCUUCCCCAGGACAGGCCAAACAAUGUUUCCAUAAUGCAGAUCUGGCCCGCCACUCCCUCCAGAGCCAGCCUGCAGGAGGUGGGUCUUCCAUGUCUGUCUGGCCCAGGCAGCAUCAGCACCCACCCCAGGCUGAUCUCCCAGAGCCACAGGAAGCCCCUGUGAGAUGGGUACACUCACAUUGAUGGCGGCGACCAGCACCAGGCUGGACGGGUAGAGCCGCAGCCACAGCUCCUGCACAGCCUUCCAGUACUCGGCAUAGUGGGCCGGGUUCCUCCCGCACAUCUCCGUCAGGUCCAGGCCAGCCGAGAAGACGCCAGGACGGUCCUGGGGGGAGUGGCCGGCAUCACACCACCAGGGCCAGGCUGUGACGCUCAAGGUGGUAAGAUGCCGCCCAAGGAGCCUGGAACCGGGUCUGCAAGGACAGUCGCCAUCUCCCCCGGCCCAGCUCCUGCUUUCCAGCACCUUCUUCCCUUUCCAGUUUCAAACUGGAAAGAGAACAGGGGUCUGGGGCUGCCUCAGGGGUGCAGGUCUAUCGGCUCUCUGCAGGCUUGUGCACACGCCUGUGCACACCUGGGCACACAGGCUUUCUGCACACCUGUCUGUGUACCUGUGCACAUCCAGUUCUCUGCACGUCCAAGAACGUCUGCACCUGGGCUCACCUCCCAGGUCCAGCUCUGUAGUUCAGACUGAGAACUCAGGCACACAGGGCUCCUGACAGACCCUGGAGAGGGCACAUGUUUUGAUUUACUCCAGAGUAUCAAGCAAGGCCCAGGAAGUGCUGGGCAGAGUGAUCCAGAAGGCAUCCCCAGUGGAGGAUGACCGGGGUCCCAACACAGCUACCCGGAGUGGGAGAGGAGCUGCUGGCUGGACGGCAUCAGGGUCUGCACCGAAUCCUGCACUGACCGAAGAACUUGGGGAAACCUACGCAGGCGCUCCCCUGGGGCUUGCCACUUCCCUCCAUGUGUUCUCUUCCUGUGGGCUGGAGCCCUUGGGGUGGAAGACUUGUCCACCCCAACUCCCAGGAGCAGAGCUGGACAGGUGUCAGGAAGACAGAGACAGGCACCAACGGAGGUGGCAGCAGCACAGAGAGCCAGCCCACUCAUCAGGAGCCGUGUGUGUGCACUUGAUACCCCUGGCUGAUCUCCUGCGCCCAUGAAAUGUCCUCCACUUCUAUGACUUAAAAAGACCCAACAGAGAUGAAAGGCCAGUGACUGAUACACUAAAUCAGCUGCUUCUAAUAGGAGUUGGUACAGGAGCCCUCGAGACACCCCGUGCUGGCCGCAGAAGAUGGCAGAGGAGAUAAGGCAGAAAGGAUCACAACCACAAGGCAGGACCAAAAAGAAAACAAUACCCUUGAACAUGGCCUUCUGUGGAAAUAGGUUUUGUUGUUUGUUUUUUUUUUUAAACAGAGGUUUAUUUAGGAAAGUAGACAGUCAAAGGAGAAUGGGGGCCAUCUUAAGAGGGAGAGGAACAGGGUCUUCAGGAUGCCAGCGAGUCAGGAUGAGGUCAGACAAGAUUAGGGUGCGUCCUAAUCCAGUGACAGGCAUCCUCAUAAAGAGAGGGGCAUCUGGACACAGAAACGGGGAAGCCGCGUGCAGACAGGACCAUCCGAGUGACACUGCCCCAAGUCGGGGAAGCCGGAAGCCACCAGGAGCUUGGAGAGAGGCCAAGGGUCUUCUCCGGGAGCCUCCAGAGAAAACCAACCCUGUGGGCACUAUGAUUUUGAACUACUGGCCUCUGGAACCGUGGAGGGUAAAUUCUUAUUGUUUACGUCACCUCACUGCAGCCACAGGACACCGACAUGCCAUUCCGAGGUGAUCAGCUGAGUGCUCCCUUUGGGCCAGGACUUGUGCCAUGCACACGACACCUGUGCACUGGCCCUCCUUCCAGCCCAGGGUGGCUUUGGGAACAGAGGAGCGGCAGGCACAGCAAGCGGCACCCACUCUCCCCUAUUUUGUUUAGAAGGUCCUACAUUUGGUGACAGGGCACGCUCUCGUUUUUUAGAGCACAAUAAAGACAAUGUCAUGCUGUGAUAUGACGCAUGGAAUGAGGUCAUCUGCACUGUGGGAAACCUGGGGACGGAGCCCAGGGGCGCUCUACUGCUGAGCGAUGUCCCCAGUCCUUCUGAGAAGGCCUCACGAAGCUCCCCAAGCUGGCUGUGAACACAUGGCCUUCUCGCCCAGCCUCGGAGGUCACUGGGAUCACAGGCGUGUGCCACCCCACCCAGCGGCUCCCUGGAGUGUCCAGAGCCCCAUGCUCCACCUCAAGAGCUCCAGAGCACCGAGCGGCCUCUGCUCCACAGCCAGAGGGCGCUCU